UCCAACUCCAAGACACACCUUAGUUUCAUUCUGUUUCAAUGUGGAAAAUGGCUUUGACUUCUGUUGCUCUCCUGUUCUUGUCCUGCGUGACUAUUGUUUUCUCCUACUCGAGCGGUCCGCCAACUAGCCGGUGCAGUAAUCUCCUUCCUGGUCACCCUACUUCAACGGGAGGCAGUAAUCCAGGUGGCUUCUAUAUUUACUCUGACCUCAUUGACUGUAAUGGAGCCUACAAUGCCAGCCAGGCAUACACGAUUCGACUUCAAGGUAGCCAGAAUUUUAAAGGUUUCAUCAUUCAGGCUCGCGAGUCCGGGACUUCUAACUUGAUUGGUACCUUUUCCAACCUACCAUCAGGUACACAACUAAUGGGUUGUGGUGGAUCAGCUACAGUCUCUCACAACAAUGGUAAUGCUAAGAGUUCAGUUACGGUUACCUGGACUUCUCCAGCAUCUACUGGGACACUGGACAUCAGGUAUACAGUUGUAGUGAGUAGGACUCCACAAAGUGUUUUUUAUGCAAAUAUGGCUGCAGCCUCUUUCAGACCUAGUGGAUCAUCAUGUACUCUUAACAGUCCUGUUACUAGUAGCUCUGUUGCUAGUAGCUCUGUUACUAGCAGCUCUGUUGCUAGUAGCUCUAUUGCUCCUACCAGUACACCUGCUCCUAGUAGCUCUACUCAAGGUAUGCCAUCAAGCAGUUCUACACCGCCAACCAGUAGCUCUAUAUCACCAACCAGCAGCUCUGCCCUACCCUCCAGCAGUACUAGCUCAGUACAGCCUACAAAUCUACCUCCAGCCUGCCCUUCUACUGAUAAGACUCCUUCCUCUGACUUUCCAAUUGUGUUCAAGUCACCAACUAAUUGUGACAGAGCGUCCUGUACCUUCUAUUGGGCAAUGGGACCUAAUUCAGUCAACUCACAAUAUCUUGAUAUAUAUAUGGAGGGAACUGUUGAUGGAUGGAUGGCUGUUGGAUUCUCUCUUGAUCAAUCAAUGGGUAUGGAUGAUGUGUUGGGAUGUAAAAUAGAGAAUAAUGCUGUUACUGUAUUGGAUACAUGGAAUCCUAAUGGAUACACUCCUAAUGUAGCUGACAGUAACUCAUCUGCUGGUAUAUGCACUCACUCUACCAGUUAUACCAAUGGGAGGAUGUCAUGUCUAUUCAGUCGUUCUGCUGGUAUAACUAAUCAAGGACAAGAUUACAAUCUUGAUUCAUCUUACUACAUACUGAGAGCUUACAGAACUAAUAGUCAGCCAGUGGUCAGUUUCCUAUACAAGCACAGUAGUACUCCUACUCCUUCCUCAGUACAGUAUAAUCCAAUGAGAGACUCUAAUACUUCACCAUCAUGUCCUAGUGCUCCUACUGAUACUUCAGCUUUUCCAAUUGUGUUCAAGUCACCAACUGAUUGUGAUAGAGCGUCCUGCACCUUCUAUUGGGCAAUGGGACCUAAAUCAGGGAGUUCACAAUAUCUUGAUGUAUAUAUGGAGGGAACUGUUGAUGGAUGGAUGGCUGUUGGAUUCUCUCUUGAUCAAUCAAUGGGUAUGGAUGAUGUGUUGGGAUGUAAAAUAGAGAAUAAUGCUGUUACUGUAUUGGAUACAUGGAAUCCUAAUGGAUACACUCCUAAUGUAGCUGACAGUAACUCAUCUGCUGGUAUAUGUACUCACUCUACCAGUUAUACCAAUGGGAGGAUGUCCUGUCUAUUUAGUCGUUCUGCUAGUAUAACUAAUCAAGGACAAGAUUACAAUCUUGAUUCAUCUUACUACAUAUUGAGAGCUUACAGGACUAAUAGCCAGCCAGUGGUCAGUUUCCUAUACAAGCACAGUAGUACUCCUACUCCUUCCUCAGUACAGUAUAAUCCAAUGAGAGACUCUAAUACAUCACCAUCAUGUCCUAGUGCCCCUACUGAUACUUCAGCUUUUCCAAUUGUGUUCAAGUUACCAACUAAUUGUGAUAGAGCGUCCUGUACCUUCUAUUGGGCAAUGGGUCCUAAUUCAGGCAGUUCACAAUAUCUUGAUGUAUAUAUGGAGGGAACUGUUGAUGGAUGGAUGGCUGUUGGAUUCUCUCUUGAUCAAUCAAUGGGUAUGGAUGAUGUGUUGGGGUGUAAAAUAGAGAAUAAUGCUGUUAAUGUAUUGGAUACAUGGAAUCCUAAUGGAUACACUCCUAAUGUAGCUGACAGUAACUCAUCUGCUGGCAUAUGCACUCACUCCACCAGUUAUACCAAUGGGAGGAUGUCAUGUCUAUUCAGUCGUACUGUUAGUAUAACUAAUCAAGGACAGGACUACAAUCUUGAUUCAUCUUACUACAUAUUGAGAGCUUAUAGAACUAAUAGUCAGCCAGUUGUCAGUUUCCUAUACAAGCACAGUAGUACUCCUACUCCUUCCUCAGUACAGUAUAAUCCAAUGAGAGACUCAACUACACCAGCACCUCCAACUGAGGACUGCCCUCAAGCUCCAUCAUCAGAUACUACUUAUCCAUUCCGUGUUGGUAGUCCUGGAGACGAUUAUUAUUUUGCUGCUAAUUUCAAUUCUGAUAAUAGCAGUUUCAUUGAUAUGCGGUUGGAGGGUAAAGCUGAUGGAUAUAUUGCUGUUGGAUUCACUGCAACAAGAGAUAUGUAUAAUGCAGAUGUUGUUGGUUGCAAGAGAAACCCUGCUGAUGGCUCAGUAUCAGUCAUUGAUACAUGGAACCCAAGCACUCGGAGUAACCUCUUAGAUGCCAGCCAGUCAGGAAUAUGCAGACACACUGCAGGGUAUAGCAAUGGAAGAAUCAGUUGCACGUUCAGUAAGUAUGUUGGCAUUAUUGAUAGUGGUCAGGAUCUGGAUCUUAAUGCCACUCUUUAUCGUAUAUACAAUGCUUAUAGUUCAACUGGAGGUUUGGCUUCGGAAGGACUAUCUAGACAUACCAUUACUCCAUCAUUCUCAUCGGCUCAGACUAACUUACUAACUGAUAUUAGAGAAGGAAGGACUGAAACUGUUGAUACUUGGCCUAAACAACAACUACUGAAAACACAUGGUACUUUCAUGACUAUUGCCUGGCUGGUAUUAGCUAUGUCGGGUGCCUUCCUUGCUGCCUGGAUGAAACCAGUACUACCUAAUGGAGAAUGGUUCAUAGCUCAUCGGAUACUAAUGGCUGGAUCACUCAUUGUUGGUGUACUAGGAUUCAUACUACCAUUCAUUGCACAUGCUAGGAGUCCUACCCCUGGACUUAUUAGCUUCUCAUCUGAUGGUAAGAACACAGCUCAUUUUGUUAUUGGAAUCAUCAUAAUGUGCUUACACAUUGCUAAUCCUAUUAUUGCUGUUUUCCGCUGUAAUCCAAAAGGAGAAAAACGUUGGAUCUUUAACCUCUCUCAUGCCCACAUCAUUGGCUAUGCACUACUGGUCCUCUCCUUUAUCAAUAUUGCUCUUGGGGCCCACCUCCUUGAUAGAGGCAGCUUUGAAGUGGCUGGUUUCUACAUUGUCUUCAUCAUACUCCUCACAUUGUUCCAAGUGUUCCUAUUCAUCAUUCAUGCUUAUAAUGCACAUAAUGCUCCAGAGAAAGAUCGUCCUGCACUGGUUCACAGUCUAUUGAAGUAUAAGUAUCUGUUUGCAACCAGUACUAGUGGAGAGUAUGAGUUGAAAGAUAAAAAUAAGAAGGAAGAGGAAGAAAAGAAGGACACUGUAAAACCAGAAAAGAAGAAACCUAUCCCAAGUGCUUUAAUCCGUACCAGUUGGAUAGCAGUCAUUGGUCAUUUGAUUGCUGUUGCUAUUGCUGUAGAGAUCAUGAUCAUAUUGAUUGCAUUCGCUUAAAGGUUUUGAAACUAACACGCCUCUCCACCAAGCAUUUCUAACCAUACUACACUUAUCCUAUACUUAUUUAGCUAAACCUUUAUUUUAUUUUUGCAUGUCACAUGAAUAACUUUUAGCACCCUCCAUAAUUUAGUAUGAACUUUUUACUACCUUCAUCUUUCCUUAUUAUUAUUUUGACCAUAAAUAUUUUUUAUUAUAGAUGUUGUUGUAUUGUGUUCUGCCUUCAAUCCAAUUCAUUACGAUUUUAAAUU